AUGAAUGCGACAUUAACUGCAAUUUCAGUCUUUGCUGAACAGUUAAGAAGCCGACCAACGAACAUUCAAGUCACAGAAUCGUUUUUCUUGUUGCUGAUCAACUUAGUCUCCUUCUUUGGGAACCUACUGCUCGGGAUAGUGGUCAUUAAAAACCCGACUCUUCGCCGAACGGUUCCUAGUAUGUACAUCAUAACUCUGGCCCUUUCAGACUUUUUGAACUCUUGUCUGGGAAUCCCAUUUUCAAUUGCUUCUCUAAUUGUUGGAAGAUGGCCGUUCAAUGACUUCGUCUGUCAGCUGCAAGGAUUCUGGAUUCUUCUCUUGUCAGCGGUGUCAUUACAAACUUUGGCCGUCACUGCUGUAAACAGAUGUUUCCGAGUGGUCCGCUCCCGUACCUUGCAUCAGAAACUCUUUAACAAGAAGACAACAAAACUGACGAUCGCUGUUCUAUGGAUCCUGGCUCUGUUUGCUCCUCUUCCAUAUGUUGCUGCUGGUCAUAAAUUUUUCUUUCACACUGGAAAAGUUUUCUGUGCGCACGAUUUUGAAAGUUUGCAUAGAGGGUAUGGAGCUUAUUUGGUGGUAUUUUACGUAGCCAUUCCUUUGAUAAUCAUCGUGGUUUGUUACACCAAAGUAUUUAUAACGGUUCGGAAGCAUAACCUAAACUUCCGUUCAAGACUUCGCUCCGUCAGACAUGAAGCCGCAAAUUUAUCCCAAAACAGCCGCUUAUCAGUGGAUGAAGUAAACGUUACAUAUAUUCUCUUAGCCAUUGUUGUAGGUUUUCUCACUUGCUGGAUCCCUGUUUUAGUAAUAGAUCUCAUCGACUUUGUGAACGCAGAGUGGAAACUUAAAAGACAAGUGUAUGUAAGUUAUACUUGUUUCGGUUGGGCCAGUACUGCACUUAACCCCAUCAUAUAUGGCAUCAUGAAUCGUACCUUCCGCGCAGAGUGCCUGAGAAUAUUCACGCCC